AUGGUAAGCGAUAGAGAAGUUCUGGAGUACGCCAAGGAAGGUAAUACGUCUCAGUUGCUCAAAACUUUGAAUUCCGGAACCAAGGCGCAGCAACGAACACCACUUCACUGUGCAGCUAGUCAUGGACAUUUGCCAGCUGUCGAGAUCAUGCUGAAAAAUGCAGUAGAUAUCGAUGCUCAAGAUAACUCCGGGGCAACUUCGUUGCAUCACGCUUGCCGUGAAGGACACCAUAAGAUUAUUGAACAUUUGCUACAGCUUGGAGCCAAUAUUAACGAUAAAAAUUGCAAAGAGGUGACUCCAUUACACACUUCAUGUGCUAAAGACAAUGUCGAGAUUUCCAAAUUUCUUAUCAAGAAAGGAGCUGAUACGAAAGUGACGGACAAAGAUGGAGUAACUUUUUUUAUUGCCAUUAUUCGUUGGUACAUUCGAGGAGCUAUCAGUGAUCUUAGUAUAGAAACACCACUACACCAUGCAUGUCGUUCUGGAAAAGUUGAAGCUGUUAAGCUUCUAAUUAAAUAUGGAGCCGUCGUGUGCCCAAAAGAAAACUUCGAGAAAACCCCACUACACAUUGCAUGUGCUCAAGGAAAUGCUGAAGUUGUUAAAAUUCUUUUGGACAACAGUGCAAAUAGUAAUGCUGAAGACGAAAACCGGGAAACCGCACUGCAUUAUUCAUGUCGUUAUAAUCACUGUAACAUUGUUAAUCUUCUGAUUACACACGGAGCUGCACUUGAUGUUCAAGACAAAAAUAAGGAAACUCCACUACACUAUGCAGCUAAUUUCGAUCGCACUAGAAUUGCUGAACUACUGCUGCAGAAAGGAGCACAUGUAGAUUCAAUAAAUGCAGAAGGAAACACUCCACUACACUGUGCUUGCUGUCGCGGACACAUAAAUACAGUGAAAAUUCUUGUAAAUCAUAAGGCGGAUAUAAACGCCUGGAAUUACCAUAAGAAAAGCGUGUUGGAUGUAGCACGUUCUUCCGGUAAUACUGAAAUUUUUAACUUUUUGCAAAAACAGGGUGCUACCCGUGGUGGUUCUGACUUCGACCAGCUUUAUGUGUCAGAAAUUGGUCAAAUUUCCAACGCCAGUUACAGUUCAGGACAUAAGAAAACUGUAGAGUCAGAUCAAACAGAAACAACUUGUCCGACAACCAGUAAAGAAUCAGUGAUAUGUUUCAAAAUUAAAACAAAAGAUAUGAAGUGCGUAGGACUUGGAAUUAAAAAAGUGAGAAGUGAGAAGUAG